AUGAGCAAUUUGACAGAACGAGUUAGGGAUAAUCUAUUGCAUUUCCAUUUGUGGACAGAAGUAGAAGAAGUACCGAAACAGUUGAACUGGAAGGAUGAUAGAAUAAUAAAUAUUUUAGUCGGGAGACCUCCUCAUAAGCUCAGUAACGAUGAUGAUGAAGAACAAGAAGGUGAUUGUAAACGUGCCAAGAAAGAGUAUAUACUGCCUGUUGAGAUGUCGAUGUACAAAGAGGGCUACCUAACUUUAGAAUUGCUCGAUAAGAUAUUCGAUGAUCUGUGUGCUGCAUCCACACAGAGACUUUUGCUUGGGAUAGUUAAUGAUGAUGGUACUGUGUUGUAUUAUUUUGCCCACAAGGGUAUAUACAAGCCAAAGAAAAACUGA